AUGCCUGUCGUAUAUCGUCGUGGUGGAUACUAUCAUGGAGGUUAUUACCACCGUCCUUACUAUUAUCAUCGUCCGGUCAUCGUGGCGAGACCAGCCGUAGUCGUCGCACCGUAUCCACAUUAUGCUUGGUAUCACCCCUACUACUCGGUCGGAGGAGAUUUUCCUAUGUACGGUAUCUACAUAAUAUCAUCAAUCUGCGUACUCAUUUGCAUCAUCGUCAUCGUCAUUGUUUGUGUUGGUGGAUGCCGUUCAAGGCCAGAGCCCAUCGUCGAACCAGUCGCUGUGUAUGACCCAUAUGAUCCGUACUACGUGGAUCCUUACUAUCCGGAUCCUUACUAUCAAGAUCCAUACAACUACGACGCCUACGCAUAUCAUGGAGCGCCUGCUCCAGCUCGUGGGGCAUAUCCACCACAACGGGCUGCACCACCCCCACCACCUGCAAAUAUGGAUCAACCGGAGACUGCGAUUGUCCAACCAGCAGGAAAGAAACAGCCCAAAAAGUCCAAGGAAUCCACGAAGAGCAAGUCGUCAGAGCCAUCAUCUGUUCCAUCUGCCCCUCCACUUACCCCGUCGAAACAAGAAAAAUCGAAUCCAUCUCCAACCAAAAAUCAAAAAUAG